AUGCAAUAGUAAAAAAGUUAUUAAAUUCCUGGAUUACUCAAGAUAGGUAUGUAAAUAUAUAAAAUGAUUAUAGGAUUAUAGAAUGGAAAUUACCCAAUCUAUAUAUUAAUAUUGAAUCAAAUUUAAAACAUGAAAGAAGUUUGUCUUAAGAUGAAUUAAUAUUUAUAAACAAUCAAUGCCUUUAAGUAUUAUAUUUAAAUAAAAAUAGUUCAUAUACAUGGGUUAUUUGUAACUAACAAACUCUAAAAUUAGAAAUUAAAGAAGUAAAAUAAAUGCUGAAUUCAUUCUGCAAGUAUUACAUUUAUUGUUAUUGAGAGAAAUAUUCCUUUAUAACAAUUCUAAAGAAUUGAAAAAUUAAUUAUUGUAAGUGAUGCCAUCCAAUAAUAAUAAGCAAUUGAUGCAAUACCUAGUGCUUGGUCAAAAAUAUUAACAAAUAAAAUUCAUCUAGUUUUAAAGUAUAAAGAAUAAUUAUAUAGAUUGAAUGAAUUAAUGAUUCACAAAAUUGAAUUAACUUAAAAUCAGAUUGAUUUUUUAUCUAGAAUUAAUAAUACAUAUUAAGAAGAAAUUCCUUUUUAUGGAAGAGAUAUAUCAGAAUAUCCUAUUAGUUAAACUGGAGUUCCAGAAUUUUUAGAUGCAAUUUUAUAAUAUUAUGAAAGACAUGAUGAUUAUUUAAGAAAAUAAGGUAAUUUUACAAAAAAUUGAAUUCUUAGGAGUAUUUAGAAUAUCAGGUUCAAUUUAAUAAGAAUAGAGUUUAGUUUAAUAGUUUUAAAUCAGAAAUUAUUCAGUUAUAGAUGAAUAUGAUCCUGAUGUUGUAUCUACAGUAUUUAAAAAUGUGUUAUGUCAAUUAAAAAAACCAAUAUUUCCAUUUGAAAUGUAUGAUAUACUUAAAGAAACUGAAAGUAAAAAUAUUAUAAUAAAAUUAAAGUUAAUAUUAGUAAAGAAAAGUUAUUAGAGAUGUUUUAAGUAUUUUUUGCAUAUAUGCCAGAAGUUAAUAGGAAAACUACAAAAAGAAUAGCAGAAUUAUUAUUUCAUGUAGCAGAUUAUGAAUCUGAAAAUUUGGUAAAAUAUAAAUAUAAUUAUAUAUAUUUAGAUGGGAUUACAUAAUUUAUCAAUAGUAUUUGCCCCAUGUUUUUUAAGAUCAGAGUAGGCAGAUUUAUCUGAUUUUUAAGGAGCUAAAAUAGUUGUUCAUCACUUUAAUUUAUUAGUUUAGAAUGUUGAAUAUUUUUUAUAGGAGAUUAAGCCAAAUCGAAAUUCUAUUUCAUAAAAGCUUAGCCUUUGA